GAUCUUAAAACUCUAUCUCUGGUAAGUGGACGCUGGUGGACCCAAACAAACCAACCCUUUCAAGCAAGGGAUAAAGUGGCUGAGCAACACGUCGGUGGUUUUGUAUGGUGUAAAAGAGUAGAGGAGGACGCAAAUUAGAAACACACCAGACUAAUAAGAAAGAGAAAACAGAGGAGCCAAAACUCAAAACCAAUCUGAAUCUGAUGGCGACUUCGGUGAAAGUGUACGGACCACCGAUAUCCACGGCCGUGUCGAGAGUGUUGGCCUGUCUCCAUGAGAAAGAAGUGCCCUAUCAGCUCAUUCCGGUCAACAUGGCCAAAGGCGAGCACAAGAAGCCUGAAUACCUCAAGAUCCAGCCAUUUGGACAAGUGCCAGCUUUUGAAGACGAGGGCUUCGCCCUUUUCGAAUCGAGGUCCAUAUGCCGGUACAUAUGUGAGAAGUAUGCAAAGCAGGGAAACAAGGGAUUGUAUGGGGAAAACCCAUUGGCAAAGGCCUCCAUAGAUCAGUGGCUAGAAGCUGAAUCACAUAGCUUCAGUCCUCCAAGCUCCGUUCUGGUGUUUCAGCUUGCAUUCGCACCGAGAAUGAAGCUGAAGCAGGAUCAAGGGGCGAUCCGGCAGAACGAAGAGAAGCUGAAGAAGGUGCUGGACGUGUACGAAGAGACGCUGCGUGAGAGCCGGUUCUUGGCGGGUGACGAUUUCACUCUGGCUGACCUUUCUCACUUGCCCAACACACACUACUUGGUGAAUUCCUCCGAUAUGGGAGAGCUGUUUACUGAGAGAGACAAUGUGGGCAGGUGGUGGUCUGAGAUAUCUAGCCGAGAAUCGUGGCAGAAGGUAGUUGAAAUGCAGAAGCCUGCUUGAGAGUCCUCAACACUUAGCUCGGGUUUAUCUGCUUUGCUCGUUUCUUUUUUCCAAUAUUUGUUCGUCGUGGUUAAUCGCAAUACUUAAUCGGAACUUGACGGCUUGAAUAAUAUGUAUUCUUCAGCCGGAAACCUUUUCAGAUUCUGCUGGAUUUGGAGGGAGUUCUUGUUCUGCCUCUCUUGAUUAUGUACUGGAUUAUCUAAAUCAAUAAAUCUUAAAUUUAUCCAACUGAAA